UUUAAGAAACAGUGCGCGUGGAAGCGUCGGGAUUUUUGUUAGAGAGAGAGAAAGAGAGAGAAAUGGAGAAUGGGGUAGAGAAAGAAAGUGGAUCUAUGAUGUUCAGCGAAGAGGAGUUGAGGGAGGUAAGUGGAUUGAAGAAAGGAGGGGAUUUUGUAGAAGUGACAUGCGGGUGUACUAGCCAUAGGUAUGGCGAUGCAGUUGGCAAGCUUAGGAUUUUCUCUAAUGGUCACCUUGAAAUCGCAUGCGAAUGCACCCCUGGUUGCAAUGAAGACAAGUUGAGUCCUGCUGCAUUUGAGAAGCAUUCCGGAAGAGAGACAGCUAGAAAGUGGAAAAAUAAUGUUUGGCUGAUGGUUAACGGGGAGAAGGUUUCACUAUCAAAGACUGCAUUUCUGAAAUACUACAAUCAAGCAUCAAAAAGUGCCAAUGGUAUCAAUAAAUCCCAUAAUGGAAGAGUUUGUCAUCGUGAUGAGUUUGUUCGCUGUACCGGGUGUGACAAGGAGAGAAGAUUUCGAUUGCGGACGAAAGAGGAAUGUAGGAUUCACCAUGAUGCUUCAGCAGAUGUGAACUGGAAAUGUUCUGAUCUUCAAUAUGACAGAAUAACAUGCAACAUCGAGGAAGAGCGAGCAAGCCGAAGGGUAUACAGGGGCUGCCCUCGUUCUCCGACAUGCAAGGGUUGUACUUCCUGUGUGUGCUUUGGGUGUGGAAUUUGCCGUUUCAGUGAUUGCAAUUGCCAAACCUGCAUCGACUUCAUUCGGAAUGCCAAAGUUUGAGUCUGGAGUAGGUUCUUUUGUUGUUGCUCUGGUUGAGUAUUCAUGGUUCUCAUUGUCUGGUUUGAAACUUGAAAUGAAUUCAAUUUUAGAUAUCUGCAUUGAUGUUUAAUAGACAUUGCUAGGGUCAGCCAAGGAAUGAUAAGGUGGUGGUUGAUAAUACACGCUCUCUUUUGAUCUCCAUCUUCAUAAUAGCCGAGUUGAACUUUCACUCUCUUCCUCCAUAGAUGUACUCGGCUUUACCUUCUUAUUUUGACUCUUUUUCUACCA